CAGAGGAGCCAGGAAGUAACACAGCCAUGCAGCAGCGCGGAUAAAGUCGAGUCUGAGAGCGUCUGUUGUCAGUAGACGGAGACUGAGGGAGGACAAUAAUCCUGUAAUAAUAAUUAUAGCCAAAAUAAAUACCAAGUCCUCUGCGGCAGCUUAGGGCGAGUGCACAGGGGUUGAGGUAAUCUUAAGAAAAGGGGAAAAGAGUACGACUCUGCCCCACAAUAACGUAAAUAUCUCAGGAGCACAUUGCCAUAGUCUUACUCACUCCAUCAGACAGAGAAGACGGAAGGAAAUAAGAGCGGGAUUCGGGGGAGUUUCUCGAGAACGCAUUUCUCUCGCUCGCAGACAAACAAAUCAACCGAAAAUUGAUCACAUAACAACAUUCAAGAUGCCUCGGGUUGUCCCGGACCAGCGGAGUAAAUUUGAGAACGAGGAGUUCUUCAGGAAACUCAGCCGGGAGUGCGAGAUCAAAUACACCGGUUUCCGAGACAGACCACACGAGGAGAGGCAAGCCAGGUUUCAAAACGCCUGCAGAGACGGACGCUCAGAAGUGGCUUUCGUGGCGACGGGCACCAAUCUCUCCCUGCAGUUCUUCCCCGCCAACCUGCACGGCGAGCAGCGGCAGGCGCCCACCAGAGAGUAUGUGGACUUCGAGCGGGAGACGGGGAAGGUGUACCUGAAGGCUCCGAUGAUCCUGAACGGCGUGUGUGUGAUCUGGCGCGGCUGGAUCGACCUGACGCGUCUGGAUGGGAUGGGCUGUUUGGAGUACGAUGACGAGCGAGCUCAGCAUGAGGACGCCUUGGCCCAAGCUGCCUUUGAGGAGGCUCGCAGGAGAACUCGUGACUUUGAGGACAGGGAUCGCACACACCGCGAGGAUCUAGAGCCUAGGCGACAGCAGGAUCCCAGCCCUGGCUCCAACAUGGGCAACACUGAUGAUCACAAGAUGCGCUAAGCAGCGAUGGAUGCAGGGGUGGGGGAGCAGAUGAUGCAGAGGCCCAGGGAAGCAUGGCAACCUCACCCUACACCGUCAAUCGCUCAACAGGGGAGACCAAAGUCUACAACGCCAGGGGAUUUUUAUUUUAUU